UCGUAUCGACCGCUCAGUAUCUUUGAACAUAAAAGGUCUGGUCCAUUCCUCACAAUUUCAACACAGCAGCCUGCAAAGCCUUUCAAUACUUCAGAAAACCAGUCACUCGUUCAGCCACUCAUUACCAACACUCUUUACCAACACUCCUUUCACGAUGCAUUUCCCUAUAAUGGUCUCUGCCUUAGCUAUGGCUACAGGGGUUUUAGCUGCUCCUACUCCUGCCGAUCUCGAGAUUCGCGAUGUUGUCCCCCACGACUCUCUCAACCCAAUUCCGACCCGACUCCAAGAUGGAAACAUUGGACGUGCCAUCCAAAUGUUCACCCCUUUGAUCCAUAUCGCCCACGGCUGCCAGCCUUACACUGCAGCUGAUGAUGCUGGAAACACCAGCGGAGGUCUGCAAGAUACUGGCAACGUCAGCGCCGGAUGCCGCGAUCCUAACAAGGGCCAAAUCUACGCUCGCGCUGCCUGGCACAAGGGCAAGUUCGCUAUCAUGUACUCGUACUACUUCCCUAAAGACCAGCCCGCUGCCGGCAAUGUCGUUGGAGGACACCGUCACGACUGGGAGAACGUCGUUGUCUGGAUUGACGACCCUGCGAACAACAACCCUAGCAUCCUUGGAGGUGCUGCGUCUGGCCAUGGCGCCUACAGCACCACCACAAACCCCAACAGACUGGGCAACAACGUGAAGGUUGAGUCCUUCGUCAGUUUUCCGAGAAACCAUGCGCUCCAGUUCACUGACACGACUGGGCGCUCGUACUGGAUCAGCGAUUGGGACCGCAUGCCCGAUGCUGCAAAGAGCGGUCUUACCAACGCCGACUUCGGCUCGGCAAACGUGCCCUUUAAGCCUGGUAACUUCGAGAAGAACCUUGACAACGCUUUUAUUUGAACCCUUUAUUAUAGAACAUUGUUCCUGAAUUCGGUACUCGCUGCGACUUCCCUCACCGUUCUACGAGCGCUUCCAUCAUUCUUGAUCAUAUAUGUCCAAUGAAUCCGU